CACUUCCCGAAAUGGAGUCCAGUAUGUUUUAAAAUCGAGAUUGUUCCAUACACUGUGGUUGUUUCAUGGUUUGCGAGUUAAUCAACGUUUAUUUUAUUUAACUAAAUUGUUGGACCAAGUCCCAUAUUCAUCCUGGACAGAUAAACCUGGCAGAAAUAGAAACAAGCUGUGGAAGCGUAAGGUCCGUUAUGUCCGGUGAAGGCUUAAUUUCGGUGGAUUAUGAAAUUUUUGGCAAGGUGCAAGGAGUAUGGUUUCGAAAAUACACACAAGCUGAAGGGACAAAGCUUGGCAUAGUUGGAUGGGUCCAAAACACAGAAGCAGGAACUGUGAAGGGGCAGCUACAAGGUCCACGCAGCAAGGUGGAAAAAAUGCAAGAGUGGUUGAAAUGUACAGGGAGCCCCAAGUCCCGCAUCGACGAGGCAGUGUUCAAGAACAAGAAAACUACUGAGAGCCUAGAGUACUCCUCUUUCAGUAUAAUCGAAUGAAAUCAGCUAUUCAAUGUAAUAUUAAUAUUUAUUCUAUUAGCUAUUUUUAAUUGGUUGUAUUUAAAGCACUAAAGUAAAAAUGUAUUGCAUGAAAUCCUAAACUUGAUCAGGGCAUAUAAUUAUUUCAAAAUGCCUUGAACACUUUUCUCCUAGUUUAGAACUGCAUUGUUCAAAGAAGACGCCUUGUUAGAGGGGAUUUUUAACAGAACUGGUUGGUGAUAGAAAUAUGUUUGAGGUAGAGAGAAACUCUGAUUUAUAUUACCCUGUUGUUUUUGCCUUCUAAAUUAAAAUUUGUGGUUAUUUGCUGCAAGUGUCACAGUGGAAGAAAA